AUGGUGGAGCGCGAGUCCACCGUAGCUGUUUCGGGCCAAGCGUGCGGGAUUUGGUACAGCAGUUGCCACACCGGCUCGGGCCUGGGGCUGCUGCACGAUUCAGACAUGGUGCGCAACGUUUGGAUUGCGGUCAGCAAUGCCGUUAUCGGCAGCAGCCAGGGCUCAAGUCUGAGUUCGUCCCGCUCUGUGGACCAGCGUGAGGGAGGGCAUUUGUUCACGGCUGUCGCGCAGCACUGGAUCGUCCAGGUGGGACGUCACAAAUACCAGGCUGGCACUUGUGAUGGUCUGAAUCCUGCAGAUUCGACUCCUGCAAGCCGCAGCUUGGAUGGUUGCUCGAAGGCUGGAGAAACCUCAAAAACGGAUGAGGAGAUCCAGGUAUUCAUCGAGUGGUGGAACAAGCACGGCGGGGGCGCCAAGGAAUACAACCUGGUCACGAACAGUUGCCAGACUUUCGCCGUUCACUUCGUGCACUUCCUCUGCGGAGGCAACGGCAAGAUCCCGCAACCAGCCGGGGUGCAGUUUGCCGCGACCCGCGAGCACUUCGUCGCGUCCGCCGGGCUUGGCGAGGUGGCCGCCGUGAGCCACGGCGGCGGCGCGAAGGUGGCACUCUCUGCCCCCAACGCUGGCGUCCACGCGAUCAGGGGCCAGGGCGGCUUCGUGCAGGCCGAGGCCUUCAAGGCGGAGGCGGGCACAGACACCCCCCUGGGCCGGGUCGGCGCGCACUUCUCGCCGAACCUGAACACGGGCGGCGGCGUGCGCAACGGCAACCUCGAGGUACGGGGCCCAGAGAUGUAG